CAAAUUGAAAAUUGAAGUAACUUGAAUUUUUUAAAUUAAUUUUAAAUGAGUGAAAAAGAACUAGUUGAGAUCAUUUAAUUAUUUGGUUUGCAACCAGUUUUUGUCUAUAAAUGAAGUACUUGUUCAAUAAUGGAUAAAAAUCAUGUAAAAUUAGUCCUAGAUGGACUGAAGUCCUCAUCUUCUAAACGUAUUCAAGAUUCUCUUAUAAAAAUAAAAUCUACCAUAAUUAUAAAUGAUAGAGGCAUUAAAUUGUUUCGAGAUUGCGGUGGCUUAGAAUAUUUACUCCCACAUUUACGUAAACCAAAUGAAAGAAUACUUGAUUUAUCUUUAAGUAUACUCGGCAAUGUGUGUUUAGAUGAAAAGAGCAGCUUAUUGGUUGGGAAACUGAAUACAUUUGGACCCUUGGUUUCAAUAUUAAACACUGUAUGCCGGGAUAGUAUCGUGGGCAGAACAUCGCGCGUCAUUGGUAACCUAGCGCAAAAACAAUCUAAUGCAGAAAAUUUGCACAACUUUGGAGCCGUUAAAGCACUGGUUGAAAUUAUCGAAAAUAGGGAUAAGACCACUUCUUACGCCACACUAUCAAUGGUUGUAAGAGCGAUUCGGCAACUAUGGAUGGUAAAAGAUAAACGCAGUGAAAUGCUAAGUUUGAAUGCCGUGCGCAGUGUAUCCAUAUUGUUAACUACCGAAUGCGAGUCUAUGGGAAUAAUAAAGUCUAAUACUACGGACAAAGAAAUUGCUGAUCCGAAGAAAAGUCAAGAGGAUCUUAUUGGUGGCAUACUCAAGUGCUUAGGGCAUUUUACUACAUACCCAGUUGCUAACUGUGCAGAACAGAUCCAAGGUGACGGCAGAGGAUACCAAUGCCUCGUGGCGCUCACUGAGCACCAUGAAACUGUAGCUCUCAGGUGUCUUAUGAAUCUGUGUUAUUUAUCUACUUGCCGACCAUUGUUGGGCAUUGCGGGAUUGGUUGAAUGUUUAGUAGCAAUACUUCAGAAAAAUUCAACAGAUAUGUCUUGGUGGCCCGACGGAGCCGCGAAGGCUCUAGCCCAGCUUAGCGGGGAGGCAGUGAAUCGGUCUAGGCUGCGUCGUUGCGGCGGACUGCCGUUACUCGUUACAGCAGCUCGGGACAAUGCACACGCGAUGCAUGCACUUCUACAAUAUGUUUUUGAUGAUACUUCGUUUCAGAUACUAAUUCACGAGGGGCUAGUGGGGCUGCUCACUGAUAAACUAACAGAAUAUAUUUCAACAAUGGAAUACGACCAUAACUUGGAAGUUGGCCAGAGUGGAGCAUCAAAACGUAAAGAGAAACAAAAAAAUGAACCUAGCGUGUAUGACAUGGCCUUACAAAAUAUGACUAGUAGUAACAAAGAAAAAGGAUUGUUUACGAGACGAAAAAGUAUAUUGUUAUCUGAGACAGGUGAUGAUUUAAAGGUGGUGAUAGAAAGGGACAACAUGAUCGUCGGAUUUGUGGAUGCUAUUGACAGCGAUGGUUCCGAAGAUAGCGAUAGUGACGAAGAACCUCCUCAGCGAAAAAGAGGCGUGAAGCGAGGGAGAUCGAAAAGUCCUAAAACUUUAAAAAAGAAAUCGCAUUUAAUUAAGAUGGCAAGUAAGGACUGGUCGGCAGGGGUUUACUGGGAGCCAAAAAGUCCUGAGUGGCCAUCGCUUUACCAGCCAUUCCCUGACAAAAGCCCAAAUCGGGACCAAGGGCCUUUAUCGCCGGCCUCAGAUGGGAACUUCUCAGACAUGAGUCCAGACUACCGGGGGUCUAGUAGUAAGAAGAGUCGGUGGGAUUGGAGCCCUGACUCGGGCACUAGUACGGGCGAGGGGAGCUCUACGUCGCCUUAUUGGACGGAUUACCAAUGGAGCCCUAGUAGUUCUGGACCGACGUCACCCUUUAGCACUAAUGAUGAAAGUUCAGAUUCAGAGAUAUCUGGGCGUUAUUCGCCAGUCUGCAGCGAAGGCGACGGCGACGAGGAGAAGAAAACUGCCUCAACUAACGCGGUUACAGAGUUGAAGGCCACCCAGGUCGCUCACGAACUAGAUGAACUUAUUAUGGAUGAUGAGAGCAAUGAUGAUGAGUCACCAUCAGAAGACGCGUGCAAAUGUAAAAUCGAUAUUAACUCCAAAUCGUCAGGCAUAGCCUGCGUUAUGGUGUUACUAUUCCGAGUAUCGCACGGCACUUGUACUACUUGCGGGAGCAUUCGGGAUGAUCCCGUUCCCAACCAUACAAUGAACUUGCUGACUGGACGUGAAUGUCUCAACGGACUUCUUGACUAUGUCGAGAGAUGCAAGCGCCCCAUGGGCAGAGCUGCGCGGAUACUAGCUAGAGUACUAAGCAACGACCUUUGUUUAAUGAGUAUACUAAGGCAUAGACUAGCACUAAGGCUACAUCAAAUGUCUGUAAACUCCAAGCAUCCACCCAACCAAUGCACACAGUGUAAACAAAUUUUAAAAUUAAGUUCCAAACUAUUGACUCAAUUGUCCAUAUUAGCAGAAUCAAGUUAUGGUAUUGGGAAAAUCAGCUAUCAUUUAUUAAAAGGCAGCUUAUCAAUGAAGCAAACUCUUUCUUUGACUUUGCCAUACAUUGUCAGGACUGAAAAAGCUUUGAAAAAGUACUUAAUUGAUUGCAAUGGUUUAAAUUUAUUAUUCAGCCUAAUAUCUGAAACCAAAGAAGAUAUUCAAGACUGUGUUACAGCUUUAGUGAAACUCGCGAAUAAUGUACACAUAAAAGAUCCAAAAAUAUUAGAAAAAAGAUACAAGUCAAAAAUUUACGUUAGUUAUGAUCCUAUUCUCGAUAAUUUGGCCCCCGAUGAUAUCGUAACUUUCCAACUAGACGAUUUAUCUACAGUCAAAGCGAAUAAAAUAUUUUUAUGCCAGCAUUCGGAAGUAUUUAGUGCUAUGUUGAUGGGACAGUUCAAGGAAUCUGUAGAAAAAUGUGUUCGAAUUAAAAAUGUAUCGAAACCUGCACUCGAAUAUCUCUUUACUCUGCUCCAGUGUGGUUUAAAUAACCAGAAAAGUGAUAUAGAAAUAUUCCCAUUGGCAGAACAGUUGGAAACUAAUUUGGAAGUACUUCUUUUGGCAGACAGAUUUUUAUUCGAGAAGUUGAAAGAGUUAUUAAGUAGUGCUAUCCUGCAAUUUCAAUUGGCACCUGAUACAGCUGAUAAAAUAUACAUAUGGUCUCUGAGUGAUGGCAUGGGAUUUUUGUGCGUUGAAUCAGUAGCAUAUCUAUUGACUGGACAGAUGUCUGAAGCUGAACGAUAUAAAUCGUUUGAAAAUAUUCUCAAUCUGGAAUACAAAGACCAAUGGCUAGAGGAUAUCAAAUCUAUGAUAUUAAGGCAAUUAAAAGUAAGCUCAAACUAGGUUUCAUAUUUUCUAAAUGAUAACACAGUUAUGAUCAUUACAAGAGUGAGAAUGAGUUGAUGACAGAAUGAGUGAUUUUAUGAUUGUUAAUCUCUCUAGAACUAUUUAAAAAGUAUACAUAUAUAUUUCCAUGUACAUCUAAGUCUAUGCUGCUUUAUUUGU